AUGGAAACGGAUCUCACAGACGAAGAACGACCGCAGCCUCCAACGAACGAACUUUCGUUAAAUCCGAGCACAGCCAAUCUCGGAAACGUUCAAGCACAAUAUCAAUUGGGCCGAAUAUAUGAAUAUGGAGCCUGUCGUGUGGAGCCCAAUUAUUCCAAAGCAUUUGAAGAGUAUCAACAAGCUGCAACACAAGGACACAGUGAUUCACAAUUUAAACUUGGAUGCAUGUACAUGAAUGGAAAAGGUAUUGAACAAAAUUCUUUAAAAGCUGUAGAAUGGUAUGAACUUGCUGCCACUCAAGGACAUGAGGAAGCACAAUUUAAUUUGGGAUUAAUUUUUGAAAAGGGUGGAGAAGGUAUUGAACAACACGAAUUCAAAGCUUUUGAAUGGUAUCGUCAAGCUGCUCAUCAAGGUAAUGCUCGAGCUCAAUGUAACUUAGGACAAAUGUAUGAACAUGGAAAAGGAACCUUACCCAAUGACACUAAAGCAUUUGAAUACUAUCUUCAAGCAGCCACUCAAGGAGACGUAAUUUCACAAUUUAACUUGGCUUAUAUGUAUGAAAACGGUAAAGGAGUGGAGCAAAAUUAUUCCAAAGCUUUUGAAUGGUAUGAAAAAGCUGCAAAUCAAGGAGACAUGAUUUCACAAUUUAACUUGGGUUGCAUGUAUGAAAAUGGAGAAGGAGUAGUACAAGACAAUUCCAAAGCAUUUGCAUGGUAUGAACAAGCGGCUAAUCAAGGUCAUGCAGAGGCACAAUAUAGUGUGGGAUGGAUGUAUGAAAAUGGAAAGGGCGUUGAAAAAGAUUAUUCAAAAGCCAUUGAAUGGUAUCAACAAUCGGCGAAUCAAGGAGAUGCCGAUGCACAAAGUGAACUCUUUAGACUUUUCACAACGCUUCAUGGAACCAAGCGCAUGAGAGAGUGA